AUGGCGAAGAAGACAGUAGGGAAGUUGGUGAGUACGACAAACGAGGAUGAUGGACUAGGAGGGGUUGACGAUGAGGGAGUGGUGCGUAUAGUUGGUCCAUUACCGGGUGCUGGAGCUGACGACGGGGAGGGAGUGCAAUCAUCAGGUGUCUCUGGUGCGGGCGCAGGCGACUUGGGAGUGGCGGGAGUAGAGGGAGGUGGAGAAGAGCUACCGGAUGGAGGGGGUGUUGGGGCUGGUGACGGGGAGGGAGUGCAAUCAUCGGGUGUCUCUGAUGUUGGGGCCGGCGAUUUGGGAGUGGCUGCUGGAGUAGUGGGAGAUGGAGAAAUGCUGCCGGAUGGAGGAGUGGCGGUACCGGAAGUGUCCGCGACAGUAAUAGCUAACUUUUGUCCAUUGGCGCAGUGA